AUGAAUUCAAUGCAAUUUGGUCAACAGUUUGGCGUUCCAAAUACUAAUCAAGCUUUAGACGCUAAUGCUUUUGCAGCUUUGCAAGCGCAAGCUAUCACGCAACAAGAUAUUUCACAAAUUACGCUAACACAACAACCGUUACAAAUGCCUUCAAAUUUCAUUGGAGUUGCAUUGCAACAAGUACAUCAACCAGCUGCACCCGAUUUUUCAGCGCAAGUUCCGAUGCCUACUGCGAAUCCAGUAACCACUUUAUCUAACGACGUUCUGCAAGCCAAUAUGCUUGCAGCUGGCGGAGGGAGUGUCCCUUUUAACGCUACUGGUGGAAAUUCAAAACCAAGAGGCAUUGUACUAAAUUCUACAAUGGAAAUGGAUUAA